CAACUUUCUUUGGUCGUCCCGAAUCCGGGUUCAUCCAACACCAGCCACCUCUGCCAUGCCGCCUAAGUUCGACCCCAAUGAGAUCAAAGUUGUGUACCUGAGGUGCACCGGUGGCGAAGUCGGUGCCAUGUCUGCCCUGGCCCUGAAGAUCGGCCCGCUGGGUCUGAUGGAAGUGGUACCUUCUGCCUCUGCCCUGAUUAUCAAAGCCCUCAAGGAACCACCAAGAGACAGAAAGAAGCAGAAAAACAUUAAGCACAGUGGAAAUAUCACUUUUGAUGAGAUUGUCAAUAUUGCCCGACAGAUGCGACACCGAUCUUUAGCCAGAGAACUCUCUGGAACCAUUAAAGAGAUCCUGGGGACUGCCCAGUCUGUGGGCUGCAAUGUUGAUGGCUGCCACCCUCAUGACAUCAUAGAUGACAUCAACAGUGGGGUGGUGGAAUGCCCAGCUAGUUAACUACAAAGGAAAAUAUUUCAAUAAAGGAUCAUUUGACAACC